CAACUGUCAAAACCCUGAAGCCAAAACACAGAAAGAUGCAGAAGGUACCUUGUUAUGUUCUCUUGGUGUCUCUCUUUAGUUCUGCACUUGCUCCUCUGUCUCUUUCAUGGAGGCAGAACAAGGAAUUCAACCAAGCUGAGAACUAUGAAGGUUCUUCUGACUUUGUGGAUCUUGAGUAUCACAUGGGUCCAGUCCUUGCAGCUCCCAUCAACCUGUAUAUAAUCUGGUAUGGUCACUGGAACCUUUCCCACCAAGUCAUUAUUAGAGAUUUUCUGUAUUCUGUUUCUUCUUCAUCAGCUUCUCAUCCUUCUGUUGCUGACUGGUGGAAAACUGUGAGGCUCUACACUGACCAAACAGGGGCAAACAUCACAGGUAGCAUUUGGUUGUCAGGGGAGUUCUAUGACUCCAGAUACUCCCAUGGUGGGUAUCUCAGUCGUUUAGACAUCCAGUCUGUCAUAAAAAAUGCAGUUACUUCUUCCCCAAGGGCGAUACCUCUCAAUGCUCACAAUGGACUUUACCUGGUGCUGACUUCUUCUGAUGUUCAGGUUCAAGAUUUCUGCAGGGCAGUCUGUGGCUUCCACUACUUCACCUUCCCAACAAUUGUUGGGGCGACAGUACCCUAUGCUUGGGUAGGGUACAGUGGGACUCAGUGUCCUGGGAUGUGUGCAUACCCUUUUGCCUGGCCAAAGUAUUCAGGGAAGCCACCACCAAACACGAAUGGAGGCAACAACAUAAUGAAAGCACCAAAUGGGGAUGUAGGAGCUGAUGGCAUGGUGAGUGUCAUUGCUCAUGAACUAGCAGAAGUGUCAAGUAACCCACUGGUGAAUGCAUGGUAUGCAGGAGACGAUCCAACUGCACCUCAAGAGAUAGCAGACUUGUGCCUAGGUGUGUAUGGUUCUGGUGGAGGUGGGGGUUAUGUGGGAAAAGUUUACAAGGAUUCUUGGGGAAAUGGGUAUAAUGUGAAUGGAAUUAAGGGGAGGAGGUUCCUGGUGCAGUGGGUGUGGGACCUUGAGAAAAGAAGGUGCUUUGGGCCGAAUGCCAUGGACUAGAAGUGUGUUGUGAAUUCUAGACAUUCUCUUGCCUUUGAUAUCUCAUAGGAGGCAAGGUGGUGGCAUUAGGAAAGGCCAGGGGAUCAUACUGGCAAGGUAAUAGAAAGAAUGACAGCUUUGUUGAUAAGUAGUGUGCUUUGGAGGGAGGUGUGAUGCUUUGGUGUUUAAAUUCAUAUAUACUUUUGUGCAUGCACAAAGGAUAUAGAAAAGAAAAAUAAAACACCAUGUUCAAAUGAAUUAGAGAAAAUGUUAGUGCCAUUGUGCCACGCAGAAGAGGAAUUUGAAAUAAACAGAACUUGUUUUC